GGGGAUUACGGCGGGGCGAGGGCAGCGCGGGCCGCGCUCUUAUCCCCCGCCGCCGCCUGCCGCCGCCCCGGCCGCUCGCGGCGCCGCUCGCCGUGCGGGCUCGCGUUUUCGGGGGUAGGAGGGCGAUGCCGGCGGCGCGGCUUUUCCACCCCCAGCCCCCUGCGCGCCGGGGGGGCGGUGAUGUGGCGCCGGGAAGGUAGAGCAGAGCCCUCCCCGCGGAGGAGCGCCACCAAAACAAACCUCUGGCCGCGGCUUUGGCAGCAGCGCGGUGCGAGGGGAACCCGCGAGCAGCGCCGGGAGGAGGCGGGGAAUCCCUGCCCGGCCCGCGCGGGCUCCCGCCGAGCAAGCUUCAGGAAUGGGUCUGUCUGUCUGAAGAGGACUCUUCCCAAGUAUUUGUAGUUUCCAAGCUCAUUCUUGUAAAGACUCUGGCUUUACAACUGCAUCCUUUUCAAAAUGGCUGAGAAGGCUCCACCAGGGAUGAACAAAAAGUCUUCAAGGUCCACCCUUUCUCUGCCUCCAGAACCAGUGGAGAUCAUUAGGAGCAAAGCCUGCUCACGGAGAGUUAAAAUAAAUGUAGGUGGACUUAACCAUGAAGUGCUGUGGAGGACUUUGGACAGACUUCCAAGGACACGACUAGGAAAGCUCAGAGACUGCAAUACUCAUGAAUCUCUGCUGGAAGUAUGUGAUGACUAUAAUCUAAAUGAAAAUGAAUAUUUUUUUGAUCGACAUCCAGGGGCUUUCACUUCCAUUUUGAAUUUCUACAGGACAGGGAAACUACAUAUGAUGGAAGAAAUGUGCGCUCUUUCUUUUGGCCAAGAGCUCGAUUACUGGGGGAUUGAUGAGAUAUAUCUAGAAUCUUGCUGCCAGGCAAGAUACCAUCAAAAGAAAGAGCAGAUGAAUGAGGAGCUGAGGAGAGAGGCAGAGACCAUGCGAGAGAGAGAAGGGGAAGAGUUUGAUAAUACCUGCUGCCCAGAGAAAAGGAAGAAACUCUGGGACUUGCUGGAGAAACCCAACUCAUCUGUGGCAGCAAAGAUUUUGGCCAUCGUAUCCAUUCUGUUCAUCGUACUGUCCACUAUUGCUUUGUCUCUUAACACACUGCCAGAGCUUCAAGAAAUAGAUGAAUUUGGGCAGCCAAAUGACAACCCUCAGCUAGCACAUGUUGAAGCUGUGUGUAUUGCUUGGUUUACCAUGGAGUACCUUUUGCGCUUUCUAUCCUCACCAAACAAGUGGAAGUUCUUCAAAGGCCCAUUAAAUGUUAUUGAUUUACUGGCAAUUUUGCCGUAUUAUGUCACCAUUUUCCUCACGGAGUCCAAUAAAAGUGUACUGCAGUUCCAAAACGUCAGACGUGUAGUUCAGAUAUUUCGUAUUAUGAGGAUACUAAGGAUUCUUAAACUCGCCAGACAUUCAACAGGCCUUCAAUCUUUAGGUUUUACUCUCAGACGGAGUUACAAUGAAUUGGGCUUGUUGAUAUUAUUUUUAGCCAUGGGAAUAAUGAUAUUUUCAAGUCUUGUAUUCUUUGCUGAAAAGGAUGAGGAUGCUACAAAAUUUACCAGUAUCCCUGCAUCAUUUUGGUGGGCCACAAUCACUAUGACUACUGUGGGAUAUGGUGACAUUUAUCCUAAGACUUUAUUAGGAAAAAUAGUUGGAGGACUGUGCUGUAUUGCUGGAGUGCUGGUCAUAGCUCUGCCCAUACCAAUUAUUGUGAAUAAUUUCUCAGAGUUUUACAAGGAGCAGAAACGACAGGAGAAGGCGAUUAAAAGGAGAGAAGCACUAGAGCGAGCUAAAAGAAAUGGCAGUAUUGUCUCCAUGAACCUGAAAGAUGCCUUUGCUCGCAGUAUGGAAAUGAUUGAUGUAGCAGUAGAUUCAGGUAAGCCUGGAGAACCAGCCAAUCCAAAGGAGACACCCGAUGACAACCACCUGUCCCCAAGCCGGUGGAAAUGGGCCAGAAGGACAAUGUCUGAAACAAGCUCAAACAAGUCUUAUGAGAACAAAUACCAAGAAGUUAGUCAACAAGACUCUCAUGAGCAAUUAAACAAUGCCGCAGCAUCCUCCAGCCCACAACACCUGAGCGCCCAGAAACUGGAGAUGUUGUAUAAUGAAAUUACUAAAACUCAGUCUCAGCCUAAUCUUAAUGCUGGUUACCAAGACCAGUCAGAAAAACCACCUGUGUAUGAAGAAGAAAUAGAAAUGGAAGAAGUUACAGGUCAGAGAGAUCAAUUGCCAGCUGGACCUACAGACAUAAUAACAGACAUGAGAAGCACAUCUAGUAUCGAUAGUUUUGCCAGCUGUGCAACUGACUUCACAGAAACAGAGAGGUCCCCACUUUCUCUGUUCCCUGGCUCUCAUCACUUGCAAAUGAGAUUUCCAUCUGAUUCUGUUAACGUAGAAGAUAACCAAAGAAUAAAAAGUUCUCAGUUUAUACCAUUCACAAAAGAUAAAAUGUUUUCUCCAACUGAUAUCACCUUUGACUGUAAUCCAAUUGACAGAGCUGUAAUCAGUGAUGGCAGUGGAUCCCAAACUGUUUUACAUGGUAACUUGCAUUUCGACACUGCCAUGGAAAGCCCCAAAAGUUCUCUGAAAGGUAGCAAUCCAUUAAAAUCUAGAUCCCUUAAAGUUAAUUUCAAAGACAAUCGAGGUAGUGCUCCACAAACUCCACCAAGCACUGCAAGGCCUUUGCCAGUAACGGCAGGAGCAGACUUUGCACAGUCCACCCCUCAGCACAUCAGCACCAUUCUUCUAGAAGAAAAUUCACCCCAAGGAGAACGACCUUUACUUGGUGCUGAUGCAUCAGUGCUUUGUCAGGGACCUUCUAAGAAAUCAUCCCCUCUGUUUCCCAAACAAAAGGUUUUCACUUUCCCUUCAAAAGAGAGGAGGAGCUUCACUGAAAUAGACACUGGAGAAGAAGAAGAGUUUAUGGAGUUACAUGGUAUAAAACACGAAAAGCAAACGGAUAUCAAGACAAAUUGCUAUGGAGAUAAACACAGUGAUGGCAGCCAUUUAACAGAGGAGCCACAGGUCAGCUCUUCUUCACCCAAAAGCAUGAGUCACAACUGUACUCAAGACAUUUACCAUGCUGUGGGUGAGGUAAAGAAAGACAGUAACCAAGAAGGUCACAAAAUGGAAAACCAUUUGUUUGCCCCAGAAAUUCAUUCAAAUCCAGGAGAAACUGGUUACUGUCCCACACGUGAAACUAGCAUGUGACUAGUUACAAAAGCAAUAAAAAUACUUUUUCUUAAACCACAGUUAGCAAUGCCUAUGAACUAAAAUGUGGGAAGCCUCAAAAAAAGUGCAUAAAAUAUUAUUUUUGCAUGGCAUGAAGAGUUGUUUAGUUUAAAUACUGUUUAAUUUAAAAAGACUUCUUUUGUAACAAAUUUAAAAAACAGGAAAAAAAUGACCCAAGAACAGUGAAUAAAAUAAAGAGAGCUCUAUUUGGAGCCCGUGUUCUGCAACAUCUGACAUUCUUGAUCCUUUCACUUAUGAUUGUAGACAGAUUUUGAACUCUUUUAACUUUUUUGUUUUCUUGGUUACAAUGAAUUUUAGAAUUUGCACAUGAAAGGAUGAAAUGUCAAUGCAUGCAUUCAUAAUGAUGUGAAACAAGGUGCUUUGAGCUUGCAAAAUGCAUAUAUUUGUAAAUAGUUUGGGGUUGGGGGGAAAGCUACUGUUAACAAGGAUUUAUGGAAAAAGAGUUUCCUGGGACACAGGUACUUCCUUCACAGCAUGCUGCCUGGAGGUUUUGUACAGACUUAUGUUGCAAAAUUGCAACUUCUACUUAAAGCAUCUCACAUACUUGCUUUCUGUUAAAAAGCUCAUGGGUAUAUCUGUUAAAUAAGGGACUACAGUACUUUAAUUUAUCUGUGCUGUAAAUCACAGUAGGGUUUUCUUUUUUAUUUGCAUAACUUUACUUAUUGCAUUUGUCAGUUUAAUUAAUGAUCCUGUGAGGAAAAGCAAAGACUUAAUGACCAGAACUUGAAGCAUUCGAUAUUUUUAUAGAAUACUGCCAACAUUUCAUAACAAGGAAAAAUGUUCCAUUUUAAAAUAAAUAAAAAAAAAAAAACAGACUUAUUUCUGUGGCCAUAAAUAGUGCCAAAUGGCUAUAUAGACAUGUUCAAAAAAUCUCUCUUCUAAUAUAUUUCUUUUAACUUGAUAUUAAAAGAAAUAUUCCCCACAUUCUUUUUUUCCUAUGACUUAACAAUAUUUGCUUCUACAUGAUCUUUGUGAAUUCUUGAUAACUCUCCUUCCUCUCCAGCUAUAAAUCCCCUUUUCUUUACAUGCAGUGCCCAUAUGUCAAUAAUGGUAGCGUUGUUGUAGCCAUUACAGUGUAAAGACAUAAAAGAGGAAAGCUUUUGUACGGAGAGGUAAUACCUUUUAUUAUCACAACUGAUAUAGUUGGAAAAAACAGACAGUCCUUCAGGCACAUACUAAGAUUUGUCCCAGGUCUUCAGUGCCCAGAAGCUUGUGUUUCUCAACUCAAACUUCUGGACUGGUAGAAGAUAUUACCUGACUCAGCAACUUUGCCUCAACCCAUAUUCCAAGCUAUUCUGAAAGCCGAGGCCAUUCCACCCUUGUAUUAGUGAAGGAAGAAUACUCAAAUAUAAGGAAAUGUCAGUAGCUCCACAUACCCCUGCAAAAGUAUCUUCCGUUUCUCUGAUACUCUCCAGCCAUAUAUCAGCUCUGUGAAAGAAAGAUGCUGAACCAAAGCCUUCAGUACUAAGUACCCAUCUAACCACUGUCUGAACAAAGCUAUUAAUUUUAUACCUAGCACCAGUAGCUUCCUGUGCUAUAAAAAAAAAAAUUCCUAGAAAUCUUUUUUAAUUUCUUGACUCAUAAAAGGUUUAUCCAAUUCAUUAAUCCCAGUCAUAGGCAAAAAUAUGCAACUACACAAGCAUGCCCUAUAAAAUGGCCUUUCUUUUAGAAAAACAGAAUAUAUGUAUAUAUAUAUAUAUAUAUUUACUGUCCUCUGAUUUCUGUCAAAAUUGGAUACUGCCUUACAACAGCUUUGUAAGAGCAGUAGUCCAGUCUCCCAGCUGAUGGCCAGAGGUUGAAAGGCUGACGAGGUGUUCAGAAAUUCUAGUAUCAGUUCCCCGCUGCUCCACAGGCUUGCUGCCUCACAGUUCCCCAUGCAUGAGACUGAGAAAAUGCUGCUUCCAGAUCAGAACUGUAAUAAGCAUUGUAAAGUCUGUGAGACAACAGUAACAGAAGCCUUAAAAACACUUUAGACCAACACUGGUUUAUAACACUAUGUCUCUACUCCCCACAGUGGACCUAGGAUAAUUUACACUUAUGUGUCAUUUUCUGUCACUGAAAUGAGUAAAAAACCAGGUGCAUAAUGCAUUUAAAGUAAAAGAACAGUUAUUUUUAUAGCAACAUUGACUUCUGCUUGAAAUGGCAGGGCUGAUUCCACAGACAUUGCUCAAGUCUGGCCCAUAGAAAAGAGGCAAGUUUGAAAAGCCCCAAAACGUGGAUUCCAGUGGCUGAACCAAAUAAUGAGCACAACAUAAUCCCUUAGUCUAAAAAAAGGAUUUUUUUCUAAGGGUGGUUUUUUGUUACCAGAUGACACUGAGGUGUUUCUUUAGCUAUCUGAAACAUUGGAAGUAUAAGGUUAUUUCUUCAGAACAAUGUCUGGUCAUUAAUUCUCAAAAAAAAAAUUUUUUUUUGUCUUUAGUUGCAGUUCAUUGCAACUUGUUGCUACAUAUGAUUUUACCUAUGACAUUCUGCUUAACAUUUUUCAAUCAUGUUAUGUCUCACUGUUCCAAAACUUAGCUCUUCAGUAUUUUAUAGUCAUUAAUCUUCUAUAUUGAUUUUUAUUUUUUCUUGCUAGAUAUUUUCAGUGACUCAAACUAAAUGCCAGUGAAUUUUUAUAUGCCUAAAGUGUUGGUCUGUAUUUUCUAUGUGCAGCUUUAUGAAAUCACAUGGGCCUAUUUGAUCUGCCUUUAGAUCCUAGUGAACUAAUGAAGACCAAAUAAAGUCCAAAUGGGACCUGAUCCUAUAUUUUGGAUCCACAGAAAACUCCCAUUCAAGAUAAUUGUGUUGUCCUGGCAAGAAUGAGGUUUCUUUCCUGUUCCUACUAUGUGCUCUUGCUCCAGCUGACCCUUGCUCUUUCUAAAAGCCCUCUCAGAUCUGUGGCACUUUGUAGAAAGGCAGGAGUCCAGCCACAGGGAAUUCAUUGCAGGAGCAGAGAUUUGAUUCCUAAAGCUCUCGAGCUAAAUCAGUACUUCAUGCAAACUGGAUUCUGCCCCAUUUAAAACACUAAAAAUUCAGUAGUGGUAAAAUCAAAACCUCAGUCCUUGUGCAGACAAAUUCCUCCGAUGGGAGUUUGCCAGAAAUCGGGACUGAAUGAAAGGUAAAUGAGGUCAGCAGGACUUUCUCCCAGUAAAGCCAACAGGAGCUUUAACUGUAUUAGUCAGGUAAGUGAAGACCAGACCCUUAUUGACUGCUCUAUUUUAAAUGAUUUCAGAGAAGCAUAGAUAUUUUGAAAUUGUACAAGCAAAACAAAUGCAAUUUUCUUUAUUAACAGAUAUUGUAAUUUUAGAAAUCUUGGAGGCAAAAGCAUCAAGCUUUAGAAGUGCUUUUGUUAUAAUUUGAUUGAUUUGUUGCAUAGUUUUGACUAUGCUGAAUCACAGGUUUGGAUAGUUGAUGUUGCCAGUCUUCACUGAACACAUAGGAUCCACUCCUGAAUAUCUAGCUCAUGCAUAACUCCUAAUCAAAAUAUUUACUUGAGCAGAGGUGCAGGACUGGACCUAGCUUUUAUUCCAGUAUAGCAUGUAUAAGAAGUGCAGACCAGAAUCACUUUGUUCAUAAUGAAUUUGAAUUGCUAUGUGGUAAAUUAUGCAAAACUACUUGAAAAUAUUUUUCUGUUUUUCUAAAAUCUCAAAGCCAUUUUGGACCCAUUCAUCCCUUCAGUACAGGAAGGGGAGACUUUUUUGAGUUCUGGAGCCAAAAAGUUCUGGAAUUUCAAAACAACUUAAGGAGUCUUAAGAUGAAGCUGCUCCCCUGUGCACCCGAGAGGAGUCUGACUCUUUGUAUCACUGGAAAAUGAGAAUUGUUCAGGGAGGUAACUUUGAAAUUAAACAAUCUAUUUUUUAUAUUUUAUACUAACUAACAGAAUCCUGAAUCAAAGUUUUAAUUAAUUUUCAGUGAUGAAACCAAAUGUACACAUUUAAAUGAUUUUCACAUAAUAAUCAGAAGAAUUUUUGAGUAAAUAGUCACAUUACUCCAAAUAGAGGGUGGGGGGGAAUAAUGUAUCGCACAAACUGCAAAGUAAGUACAUACAGGAAAGCUGUUUACAGGGGAAUCAUAUAAUGUAAAGAAUGUAACAUGGAGUAGGAAGUUAUUGCACUACAGAAUUUAUAUAAAAUACACUUUUUUAAAUAAAAACACAAAAGGCCUUUUAAUGCUUGUCUACAACAUAGGAGCCUCUGUGCGAAUGCAGCAAUCUAAUGCACUGUGUCCUCACUUCAAAAUUGGUCUCAAAAUUCAAACAUUAAUGAUGUUAAAGAGGUGAUAUCUGAUCCAACACUACAGCAACUGACUUGAAGAGCUGUUUCUUUUUAAUACAAUAUUACAUAACCAAAAGUGCAUAUAGAAAAUAGUAUUUUUGAUUAUAACAUACAUAGAUCAAAAUGACAAUUGGUUUCUUGAGUCUUUUCAUAAUAGAUAACAUCUGGUAUUAUAUUUUUAUUCCUUGCUUACUCCUGUAAGUGAAAAACAACUGCUUGUUUUAAAAGUAGGCCUAUUCUCGUACAUGCAGCCGAAGCUUGCUUAUAUUUCUUUAGACCAGUCUGAAACAAGGUUCCUUCCAACUAGACUCAGAAUUAUAUAGUGAAAAAAUACACAGAAAUCAGUUAUAUCUAGAAACAGGCUAAAUUGGACAUGGAAAAUCCCUGAAUACAAGAAUCAGAAUUCUUAAGAAAAUGCCAUGGAAUAUGGCAAGUAAAGCCUCUUGAACACUGAGGUUUCUGUUCCCUUUAAUUAUUUAAUUAAGUCCUUCAACCCCUUCCUUUUAAACAGCAGUUCGGUACAAAGGCCUGUUGUUUUUUUUCAGGUGCUUUUGCAAAUACAGUAGUUGGAGGUUAACCUGGUGAAAAUGUACAAGGCUGAACAGACUAUUUUUUCAUUCAUGUAAUUUUGGAAUCAUUUGGACAGAAAACAAAAUUUAUUAUUUUGAUCAUGCAGAAAACAUUUUAAAAGCAAAAAAUGCAAGAAAUGUGUUUUUUCAUAGUAGCCAGCACAGAUUCAGCAGGAAAUGCAAAUACAGCAAAGGGGGAAGAAAGGCAGGAAAAACUGCAAGUAAACAAGGCACUAUAAACAUAUAUAUAUACUGUAUAAACUAGAGAUAUAAUAAAACAUGUAUAGUGUAGUCCUUGUUCACACUUAAUGAGGCAAAAAUACCAGUUGCAAAGAUAUAAUUCCUGCCCUACUGCAUCUGCUUUUUCCAAAGAUCCAACAGGUCUCUCCAGAGAUGCUCAGUGAUGUUACUACCUACUUGUCUGCUACAGGAGCAUCUGAUCUGUAAUUGUUCUCCAGAAUAGUUUCCUGAAAAACAAGAUACUGUAUGCUCCCGUCAUUGUUGAUCUUUGGAUCUCUUCCCCUUGCCUUCUGAAACACCAACCUCCUCUGCCACUUGGGAGCAGUUAGAAGGCAGCCCACCAAACAAGAUGAUACAGGUGUCUUGUUUAUCAGGAAAUUAUUUUGAUAGUCUGGUGUAAAUGGCCAGAUAGUUACUAACUCUGGCAUUUGAACUGAGGAGCUAGAAGAACCGAGAGUCAUUUCUGUGUUAUUGUUGCAGCCAUACCAUCUCACAACUUCACAAGUUUUCUGAUUUUGAAAUGCUGUGACUCCUCCAGUGUCUCUGUCAUCCUGUAAGAUGUUUCAGUGCAUUUGUUCAGUGUUUUCGCAAGAGCUUUGUUAAAAGCAGUUUCUAUUUGACUGUUAAAUGCUACUGAGAGAGCCAUCAGUAGAAGUAUGGAUAUUUGUCUCUUGUCCAAUAAAUUGUUAUUAUUUAGCAGUACUCAGUUUAAACUCCAGCUGAAAUGCUUUCAUAUUCUAAAACACAUCGGGUGAGAGCCAAAUCUUUCCCAGCUGCUCUAUCAGUUUCCUUAAUUAAGAAAGGUUAGAUGACUGGCAGGCAUUGAUGACAUUUUUUUCUAUCAGGUGAUGGUUUCUUGUUCAGUAAUUACAUACCAUAUAACAUCUACACAUGGAGUAACAUAACUUGUCUUUGUAUUUCUCCUGUUGCAGGUUUAAAUAAUACUGUUUGGAAAUGUGUUAUGAUAUUUAAGCAAUAUUACCCUUUAGCUGCAAUUGAGAUUUCUUCCAAAACAGCAGUGGUACCCUAUGUAUAGACCUAUAUUUUUGUUGAUUGCUAUUUAACUCUCUUUUAUGAUGUCUAACACAGAUCCAGAUGGAUCCCAUUGUAGAAUUAGGAAGUAGCAGGAGUAGUACUGCUCUUUUUAGUUAAAAGUAGCUAAAGAACAUGGUAUUAACUAACUUUUAAUUCAGAAGAUAAGAUUUUCCUGAUUAAACCUAUGAACCAAACACAAUGGUGACACCAUUACACUGGACAUUGACUGUGCUUAAUAUAAAACUUGAACCUAAGAGCAGUCUGGGUAAUUAAUUUCAUUACGUUAAAUUUUGGCCUCAAAUUAGCAUUUAAAUCCAUUUUUAACUUCAGCAAGAACAAAGCACACUUACUAGAAGGAAAAUUUUGCUAUAUAAGAAAACUUAAAAGCUGUGUCUUGUGUUACAUUAUCUUUCAAAUUUAUUGUAGCAAAAUGAACCUGAAGUACUUUCAUUAAGUAUUUCGUAACGAGAGACUAUCAGUAGUACAGCAAAAAUAAUUCAUUGUCAAAGGGGCUGGGCUGUUCAAACAUCUGUAUCUAUAUGUUUCUAAAUCUGGAAGUCUAUGGCUAUGUCUACACUGGCAUCUUAGCAGGAAUCAGGAAAGUUCUUUUCAAGUGAAUCUCUCAGUCAUCCCCACUUUCUGUGAUUUGGUUCACAUCACAGAGUAACCUUGGACUACGCAAACUAGAUUAAUUUUGGAAGAAACUAGACUAGCAGACUUGUUCCAUGAAGGUAUCUCAUGUGCUACAACCAGUACUGAGCACUCAGGACUUGGGACCAGACUAAGCUAGUCCAGAACAGUAUCCCUGAAACAUACAGUGUAUAUGUCCCAUCCUCAGCAGAAACUGUUUUCCUCAACAGAUCUGCUUCUAUUGUGUUGUACUACCUGCUAAUGUAGACAUAGCCUAUCUCUAGCACAGCUACUACUUCCAGUACAUCUAGUCCUUAACUGUGCUAUUGCCAUCAGCAAUGCGGCACAGAAAGAACAACAUAUGUCCAUUUAUAAAGAUGAAAUUGUCCCCAAUCUAUUAUCCAACGUAGUCCAGGUGGAAUCAGCUAAACAAGAAGCUCUUGAUAAUCCUUGGAUACUUGUGGUUUGCAACUUGGACCUCACUCUUGAGUGUUUCAUAUUACUACAGUCAAUUUACUCUAAAGUUGGUGCUACAUUUGAUUAAGACUUCGCAGACAGCCCUAAUUCCAGUCUCACUCCAAAAAUCAUUAAAUCAGGAAUGAUUAAACUGACUGCAAGUAGCUCUAUUUCACUCAACAAAGUGACUUUUAAUCCAUACCAAUAUGAAUAAGAGCAAACAGUGGUGCACAUGGCUAAGCAGUGAUGGAGGAUAUAUACCCAGCUUGAAUUUUUUUUGCCCAUCUACAAUCUUUCCAUUUGGAUCAUCUGCUGAAACUGAUUUAAACUGGGGGCGGGUGAGCGAUUUUUGAUCUUCAUGUGCUUAGUUGCUCUGAUCUCUAGGAAAAAUCUCGUAAAAAGUAAUGCAAAAAACCAAAAAGCCUAUUCCUUAUUUUACUUCUCUAACAAUUGCAAGGUGAGGAACAGCUGUUUUAUACUGAUAUUUUGGCUCUAAGUUUUGCUCAGAUAGCAUCUCUCAGUGGAAGUUCAGAAUAUGAAACAUUUAUGCCUGUUCUUGAAGCCCUUAAGCACAAAGCCAGUGAGAAUUCUGCCUGUAUAAAACCGAAGGAUGGAGGAAUAUAUUAUAGCUUUAGGCAAAAAGAACAGUUUCUAACACAUGUUGCAAAACAAAAAUAGGAAAAAAAAAGUAGUUGGGGACAAUCAUGGGCACUUCUGCUAGGAUGCAGAGUUCUGGAUUUAUACCUCUAAAUUUACAAAGAAUUAUUCAGAGUUUUAGCUAUGUAACUCUUUCAAAAGAUAAAAGGUAGCCAUGCUGAUAAACUGAAACAUGGGGGGAUUAGUGUACAAAGAACCUGAGAGUUGACUACAUAGCCUAUUGCUUUAAGAACACUGUAAAUAACAACUAAAAAUAUGUAGUAAUUCAUAAGUUAUUACUGUGUUAGUUUCGUAGGUACAGUAGCAUGACUAUUAUUAGUUCUAUUGAGUUUAAUGAACUUUACUUUGUAUUCCUCUGUGAAUGCUCUGAAUGCUGCAAGAAAAAAAGCACAACAGUAUUUUUUCAGGUUCUCUUGGCGCAAUAGCAGUGUCUUCACUAUUGUUCAAUUUUACAGAAUUCGCAGCAUUUCAUCAUAAAAUGCUAUGUUAACAGCAUAUCUUUCUUUAAAAGAACUGUCACUAGGAGAUACAAGCAUAUGUGAUAAAUCUUGUCUAAUGUCAUUCAUCUGCCUUUACAAAAUGCCCCAGACAUUUUGUGGGAGAAUAUGCUGCUUUUGCUUCUUUCAUUGUUUGUAUUUGGGGGUGGGGUAGGGAAAUAUAGGGCAUUUUGCAAUGGUAAUUGCAUCAAACAUACUUCGUUUCAUUAUUAUUGUAUCUGUUAGAAACAUUUUAUUUAAUUUCUUUCUGUAGAUAAGACUGUUUGACAAUAGCUUUUUCAGCUAACCAUGUUAUCCCAUUAGAAUAAUAACUUCUCACAUUUAAUGGUAUUUGUAUCAAUGUCUCCAUAUCAGCUGCAUUUUAACUUCAUAAAAAAGGAAAUGUGAUUAUUAUUUUUCAUUAUACUAGAUUUUGCUGAUCAACUAAAUAUUUCUGCACCAAUCAACAUAUUAAUAUGCAUGUUGUAGUCUGUACAAUUGUUCAACAUCAAAAUACCUGUUUAGUUUAUGUCAAAUGUCUGUAAAAUAAAUGCAUUGUUCUCCAUUUCAGUCUGACAGAAUAAGCAGAAUAGUAAAUAAAUGUGUAAAUGAA